GCCCCUCCGCGGGCCGCCCAGGAGGGAGGGCCAUGCGCGGCGGGAUGGCUGCGGCCGCGCGGGCUCGGGACUGGGUACCGCCGCCAGUCCUGCCGUCGCUGCUGCUGCUGCUGCAGCUCUUGCUGCCCGCCGUGUGCACCGCCGCUCGGGGAGCCCCAGCCGCAGCCGGGCUCAGCCUGCAUCCGCCCUACUUCAACUUGGCCCAGGCGGCGAGGAUUUGGGCCACCGCCACCUGCGGGGAGCCGGAGCCCGGAGGCGCGCAGCCCCGGCCGGAGCUCUACUGCAAGUUGGUAGGGGGGCCCACCGCCCCCGGCAGAGGCCACACCAUCCAGGGACAAUUCUGUGACUAUUGCAAUUCUGAGGACCCCAGGAAAGCACAUCCUGUCACCAAUGCAAUUGAUGGAUCUGAACGUUGGUGGCAAAGCCCUCCUCUCUCCUCAGGCACACGGUACAACCAAGUCAAUGUCACCUUGGAUCUAGGGCAGCUUUUCCAUGUGGCCUAUAUUUUAAUCAAAUUUGCAAAUUCUCCUCGUCCUGAUCUUUGGGUCUUGGAAAGAUCUGUAGACUUUGGAAGCACCUACUCACCUUGGCAAUAUUUUGCUCAUUCUAAAGUAGACUGUUUGCAACAAUUUGGGCAGGUGGCAAAUGUGGCUGUCACCAGAGAUGAUGAUGUUCUUUGUACUACUGAAUAUUCCCGGAUUGUACCUUUGGAAAAUGGCGAGGUUGUGGUGUCUUUGAUAAAUGGUCGUCCAGGUGCAAAAAAUUUUACUUUCUCCAACACCCUGAGGGAGUUCACUAAGGCAACAAAUAUCCGCUUGCGUUUUCUCCGAACCAACACCCUUCUUGGACACCUCAUCUCCAAAGCACAACGAGAUCCAACCGUCACUCGGCGGUAUUAUUACAGCAUAAAGGAUAUCAGCAUUGGUGGGCGGUGUGCUUGCAACGGCCAUGCUGAAGUGUGCAAUGCAAACAAUCCUGAAAAACUGUUUCGUUGUGAAUGCCAACGCCACACCUGUGGGGAGACCUGUGAUCGCUGUUGUGCUGGGUACAAUCAGAGGCGCUGGCAGCCUGCCACAUGGGAGCAGAGCCAUGAGUGUGAAGUGUGCAACUGCCAUGGCCACGCUGCCGACUGUUUCUACGAUCCAGAAGUUGAGAGGCAGCGGGCAAGCUUGAAUAGCCAAGGCGUCUAUGCAGGUGGAGGGGUCUGCAUUGAUUGUCAGCAUAACACAGCUGGUAUUAACUGUGAAAAGUGUGCUAAGGGUUAUUAUCGCCCUGGUGGUGUUCCUGUGGAGGCCCCCCAUGGCUGCAUCCCUUGCAGCUGUAACCCUGAGCAUGCAGACGACUGUGAGCAGGGCUCAGGCCGCUGUACCUGCAAGCCCAAUUUCCACGGAGACAACUGUGAGAAGUGUGCCGUCGGAUACUAUAAUUUCCCAUUUUGCCUGAGAAUUCCCGUUUUCCCUAUUUCUACUCCAAGUCCAGAAGGCCCAGUAGCUGGAGAUAUAAAAGGGUGUGACUGUAACUUGGAAGGAGUUCUCCCCGAAAUAUGUGAUGCCCGCGGAAGAUGCCUGUGCCGCCCUGGGGUGGGGGGCCCUCGGUGUGACGCCUGUCGCUCGGGCUUCUACUCAUUUCCUAUUUGCCAAGCCUGCCAGUGUUCAGCCCUUGGCUCCUACCAGACGCCCUGCAACCCAGUGACUGGACAGUGUGACUGCCGGCCGGGGAUUACAGGACAGCGCUGUGACAGGUGUCUCUCAGGAGCCUAUGAUUUCCCCCAUUGCCAAGGCUCCCACAGUUCCUGUGACCUGGCUGGUACCCUGGACUCCGGUUUGGGAUAUUGCCAGUGUAAGCUUCAUGUUGAGAGCCCUACCUGCAACACCUGUAAACCAUUAUACUGGAAUCUGGCCAAAGAAAACCCCAGUGGAUGUUCAGAAUGCCAGUGCCAUGUGGCGGGAACAGUGAGCGGAAUUAGAGAGUGUGGGCAGCGAGACGGCGACUGUCACUGCAAAUCCCACGUUGGCGGCGAUUCCUGUGACACAUGCGAAGAUGGAUAUUUUGCUUUGGAAAACAGCCAUUACUUUGGGUGUCAAGGGUGUCGGUGUGACAUUGGUGGAGCAGUCACCCCCAUGUGCAGUGGGCCCUCCGGAGCAUGCCAGUGCCGAGAACACGUCGUGGGGCAGGCGUGCCAGCGACCUGAAAGCAACUACUACUUCCCGGAUUUGCAUCAUAUGAAGUAUGAGAUUGAAGAUGGCACUACCCCUAAUGGAAGAGAACUUCGAUUUGGAUUUGACCCCCUGGAGUUUCCUGGGUUUAGCUGGAGAGGAUACGCUCAGAUGAGCUCUGUGCAGAAUGAAGUAAGGGUCACGCUGAAUGUGGGGACGUCAAGUCUCUCUUUGUUUCGAGUUAUUUUGAGAUAUAUUAACCCUGGAACUGAAGCAGUAGCUGGCCAUGUGACUAUUUAUCCAUCCCGGGCUAACACAGGUGUUGCUCAAAGCAAAGAGAUCAUCUUCCUGCCCAGUAAGGAGCCAGCUUUUGUCACCGUCCCUGGAAAUGGUUUGGCAGACGCCUUUUCAGUUGCACCAGGGACAUGGAUUGCUUGCAUUAAGGCAGAGGGAGUCCUCCUGGACUACCUGGUGCUGCUCCCCAGGGACUACUAUGAAGCCUCCUCACUGCAGCUGCCUGUCACAGAGCCGUGUGCCCAUGUGGGACCUCCCCACGAGAACUGUUUGCUUUACCAGCAUUUGCCAGUGACCCGGUUCCCCUGUGCCCUGGCUUGUGAGGCCAGACACUUCCUGCUUGACGGGGAGCCAAGACUCUUGGCAGUGAGGCAGCCCACCCCCGCACACCCAGUCAUGGCGGACCUCAGCGGGAGAGAGGUGGAACUGCAUCUGCAGCUGCGGGUCCCGCAGGUCAGCCACUACGUGGUCGUGGUCGAGUAUUCCACGGAAGCAGAGCAGCUUUCUGUGGCUGACGUGCACGUGGAGAGCCCUGGGUCUGUCCUGGUUGGCCAGGUGAACAUCUACAGCUGCAAGUACAGUGUGCUCUGCCGCAGUGCUGUGACGGACGGCAGGGGCCGCAUCGCCACUUACGAGCUGUCGGCAGACGCAGAGGUUCGGCUCAAGGCGCACAGGGCCCGGUUCCUGCUGCAUCAAAUUUGUAUUAUACCCAUUGAAGAAUUCUCAACGGAGUAUUUGAAACCUGAAGUAAAAUGCAUUGCCAGUUAUGGACCAUUUGUUAAUCAGAGGGCCACUUGUAUCUCCCUGUCCCCCAAAACUCCUUCAGCAGCAUUCGUUUGGGAUGUCCCAUGGGGUGAGUCUCCCCCUCUCCUGCCCCAGGAGCCUUCACCUUCUGCUGAUGUUGUUGCUGGCACCACCUUGAUGGCACCACAGAAGCAUGUGACCCUGAGGGGACGCGUACCACGCCUGGGCCCAUACGUUACUGUCAUCCAUUUCCGUCAACCCGCGCACCCGUCCUUUCCUGCGCAGGUGUCUGUGCAGGGCGGGCGGCUGUGGGCAGGUGUCUUCCGGGCCUCUUUCUGCCCCCACGUGCUUGGCUGCCAGGACCACGUGAUUGCUGAAGACCAGGUGGAGUUUGACAUCUCGGAGCCUGAGGUGGCUGUGACUGUGGAGGUUCCGGAAGGAAAGUCCUUAGUAUUGGUCCGUGUUCUCCUGGUGCCCGCGGAGAAUUAUGACUACCAAAUUCUUCACAGAAAAUCAGUGGACAAGUCCCUCGAGUUUAUCAACAAUUGUGGAGGAAAUAGUUUUUAUAUUGACCCCCAGACAGCUUCCGGAUUCUGUAAGAACUCUGCCCGGUCCCUGGUGGCCCUUUACCACAAGGGCGCACUGCCCUGUGAGUGCCACCCCUCUGGGGCCGUUGGCCAUCACUGCAGCCCAGAGGGCGGGCAGUGCCGAUGCCAGCCUGGUGUGAUUGGUCGUCAGUGUACCCGCUGUCAAACGGGCUACUACGGAUUCCCACACUGCAAGCCAUGCAGCUGCGGCCGGCGCCUUUGUGAGGAGACGACGGGGCAGUGCCUCUGCCCUCCCCGCACGGCCCGGCCCCAGUGCGACGUGUGCGAGAGCCAUUCCUUCAGCUUCCACCCCCUGGCGGGCUGCGAAGGCUGCAACUGCUCCCGGGCGGGCGCUGCUGCUGGGGCUGCCAUCCCGGAGUGCGACAGGGACCACGGGCAGUGCAGAUGCAAGCCCAGGAUCACAGGACGGCAGUGCGACCGGUGCACCUCUGGGUUCUACCGCUUCCCGGAGUGCGUCCCCUGCCACUGCAGCAGAGAGGGGACAGUGCCAGGAGUCUGCGACCCAGACACCGGGGCUUGCCUCUGCAAGGAGAAUGUGGAAGGUGCAGAAUGUAACGUGUGUCGAGAAGGCUCAUUCUACCUGGACCCAGCAAAUCCCAAGGGUUGUACAAGCUGCUUUUGUUUCGGAAUAAAUAACCACUGUCACAGUACACAUAAAAGAAGAGCUAAGUUUGUGGAUAUGAUGGGCUGGCGCCUGGAGACAGCAGACAGAGCAGAGAUCCCUGUCUCAUUCAACCCAGGCAGCAGCAGCGUGGUGGCUGACCUCCAGGAGCUGCCCUCAACAGUUCACAGUGCAACCUGGGUCGCACCUCCAUCCUACCUGGGGGACAAGGUUUCCUCCUACGGUGGCUACCUCACCUACCAAAUCAAGUCAUUCGGCCUACCUGGUGACAUGGUUCUUCUGGGGAGACAGCCAGAUGUGCAGCUCACCGGUCAGCGCAUGUCUGUAUUCUACGAGGAGCCGAACAGCCCACGGCCAGACAGGCUGUACCAUGGGCGAGUGCAGGUGGUGGAGGGAAACUUCCGACACACCCGGAGCCGCGCGCCGGUAACUCGGGAAGAGCUGAUGACGGUGUUGUCUGGACUGGAAGAUGUGCGCCUUCGAGGCCUCUACUUCAGCGAGACCCAGAGGCUCAGCCUGAGCGGGGUGGGGCUGGAGGAGGCCUCUGCCACAGGAAGUGGUCGGAGAGCACACCAUGUGGAGAUGUGUGCUUGCCCCCCUGUCUACACUGGUGACUCGUGUCAGGGUUGUAGCCCCGGAUACUAUCGGGAAAACAAAGGCUUACAUACCGGACGCUGUGUUCCCUGCAGCUGCAACGGACAUUCCCAUCGCUGCCAGGAUGGCUCUGGAAUAUGCCUUAACUGCCAGCAUAACACUGCUGGAGAACACUGUGAGCGCUGCCAGGAGGGUUACUAUGGGAACGCCAUCCAGGGAUCCUGUAGUGUCUGCCCAUGUCCUCAUUCAAACAGUUUUGCCACCGGCUGUGUUGUGACUGGGAGAAGUGUGCAGUGCUUCUGCAAACCUGGAUACACAGGAACACAGUGUGAAAGCUGUGCACCAGGAUAUUUCGGGAAUCCCCAGAAGUUUGGAGGUGGCUGCCAACCAUGCCCUUGUAAUAGCAAUGGCCAUUUAGGCAGUUGUGACCCCGUGACUGGAGAUUGCAUAAACCAAGAACCCAAAGAUGGCAACCCUGGAGAAGAAUGUGAUGAUUGUGACAGCUGUGUUAUGACACUCUUGAAUGACCUGGCCACCAUGGAUGAGGAGCUCCGUGUAGUCAAGUCUCAGCUGCAGGGGCUGAGUGCCGGUGCCGACACUCUGCAGCAGAUGGGGCACUUGGAGACCCAGACCAAGGACCUGAGGAAUCAGCUGCUCAGCUACCGUUCUGCCAUUUCAAAUCAGGGCUCCAAAGUGGACGGCCUGGAAAAGGAACUGAGUAAUCUAAAUCGUGAAUUUGACACUUUGCAAGAAAAGGUUCAAAUGAAUUCCGGAAGAGCACAGACAUUAUACAACAACAUUGAUCAGACGACCCAAAGCGCAAAAGAGCUGGACUCAAAGAUUAAAAAUGUCAUCCGAAAUGUGCACAUUCUCCUGAGGCAGAUCUCUGGGACAGACGGCGGAGGAAACAACUUGCCUUCCGGCGACGUUUCCAGGACGCUGGCCGAAGCCGAGCGCAUGAUAAGGGAGCUGCGGGACCGGGACUUUGGAGAGCACCUGAGAGAAGCAGAGGCUGAAAAGAGAGAGGCUCAGCUCUUGCUGAAUCGGAUACGGAGCUGGCUGGAAAGCCACCACGUGGAGAACAAUGGACUUGUUCAGAGCAUACGAGAUUCUUUAAAUGACUAUGAAGCCAAACUCACUGACCUCCGUACUGCGCUACAGGAGGCCACGGCCCAGGCAAAGAAGGCUACUGGCCUCAACCAAGACAACGAGGGGACUUUGGAAUCCAUCAAAAGACAAAUUAAAGAAAUGAAUUCCCUGCAGAGUGAUUUCACCAAGUCUCUGGCCACUGCAGAUUCUUCCUUACUGCAAACCAACAUUUUGCUGCAGCUGAUGGGGAAAAGCCAGGAGGACUAUAAAAAACUAGCUGCCACUGUAAAUGAAGUAAGACUUGAACUCAGUGACAAAGUGAGAGAGCUGUCCAAAUCCGCCAGCAAAGCAUCGCUGGUGAAGGAGGCAGAGGAGCAUGCACGGGCCUUGCAGGAGCUGGCAAAGCAGCUGGAAGAGAUCAAGAAGAAUGCCAGUGCGGAUGAGCUGGUACGCCGAGCUGUGGACGCGGCCACCGCCUAUGAGAACAUCCUCAAUGCCAUCAAAGCAGCCGAGGAUGCUGCAGACAAGGCCUCUAGUGCAUCCGAGUCUGCCCUGCAGACAGUGAUAAAGGAAGAUCUUCCAACAAAAGCUAAAACCCUGAGUUCCGAAAGUGGUAAACUGUUAAAUGAAGCCAAGAAAACACAGAAGAAGUUACAACAAGAAAUCAGUCAAGCUCUGAACAACCUACAGCAAACUCUGAAAAUUAUGAAAGUUCAGAAAGGGAUGAUAGACGCCAAUAUUACUACCAUCCGAGAUGAUCUUCGAGGGAUAGAGAGAGAUGACAUCGAUGGUAUGAUCAGUAGUGCGAAGAACAAGGUCAGAAAUGCCAACGACAUCACAGAUGAGGUCCUGGACGGGCUCAACCCCAUUCAGACAGAUGUGGAAAGAAUUAAGGAUACCUAUACGCACACAAAGAGUGAAGACUUCAACCGAGCUCUUACUGAUGCAGAUAACUCAGUAGAGAAAUUAACCAACAAACUGCCUGAUCUUUUGAGCAAAAUUGAAAGUAUCAACCAACAGCUGUUGCCACUGGGCAACAUCUCUGAUAACGUGGACCGCAUUCGAGAGCUCAUUCAGCAGGCCAGAGAUGCUGCAAAUAAGGUCGCAGUCCCCAUGAGAUUCAACGGGAAAUCUGGUGUAGAAGUCCGGCUGCCAGGAGACCUGGAGGAUCUGAAAGGAUACACAUCUCUGUCCUUGUUUCUCCAAAGACCUAAGUUAGCAGAAAACGGAGGGGCUGAGAAUAUGUUUGUGAUGUACCUCGGAAAUAAAGAUGCCUCCAAGGACUAUAUCGGCAUGGCAGUUGUGAAUGGCCAGCUCAUGUGUGUCUACAACCUGGGAGAGCAGGAGGCCGAACUCCAAGUUGACCGGAUCUUGACCCGGAGUGACACUCAGGAGGCAAUCAUGGACCGAGUGAAAUUUCAGAGAAUUUAUCAGUUUGCAAGGCUUAAUUACAGCAGAGAAGCCACGUCCAGUAAACCAGAAACAUUUGAAUACAAUGACAUGGACAGAAGAAGUAGCAACACUCUCUUCACUUUGGAUCCUGAAAAUGUUGUGUUUUAUGUUGGAGGCUACCCACCUGAUUUUAGUCUUCCUAGAAGACUUAGAUUCCCUCCAUACACAGGUUGUAUUGAAUUAGAUGACCUCAAUGAAAAUGUCCUGAGCUUGUACAACUUCAAAGAAACUUUCAAUCUUAAUACGACUGAAGUGGAGCCUUGUAGAAGGAGAAAGGAAGAGUCAGAUAAAAAUUAUUUUGAAGGUACAGGCUAUGCUCGAAUUUCAACUCAACCAAAUGCUACCUUCCCAACCUUUGCCCAGACGAUUCAGACCACGGUGGAUAGAGGUUUGCUGUUCUUUGCAGAAAACAAGGAUCGCUUCAUCUCUCUGGAUAUCGAAGGUGGCAGUCUCGUGGUACGACACAAACUGAAUUCGAUGCCACCACAACAAGAAGGCAUUAGAGAGAUCAUAAGCGACGGAAAAGAUCAUGUGGUUCUGAUCAAAAUUAGAAAAGCCCAGAAAAUUAUGGCGAUAAGUGUAAAGACUGCCAACAUUAGAAUUGAAGGUGAAAUAUUUGAUUUCGACAAAUAUUAUCUGGGAGGAAUUCCACUUUCAAUCAGGGAAAGGUUUAACAUCUCUACACCUGCUUUCCGAGGCUGCAUGAAAAAUCUGAAGAAAACUACUGGUGUGGUGAGGUUGAACGAUACUGUGGGAGUAACAAAGAAGUGCUCAGAAGACUGGAAGCUCGUGAGAUCUGCCUCCUUCUCCAGAGGAGGACAAUUGAGUUUCAGCAAUUUGGACUUCCCAUCGGUCAGCCAGUUCCAGGCUUCCUUUGGGUUUCAGACCUUUCAACCCAGUGGCAUACUAUUAAGUCAUCUGGCAGGGACAAGUAGCCUACAAGUCUCCCUGGAAGACGGUCACAUUGAACUCAGCACCAGGGAUAGCAGCCUCCCAAUUUUAAAAACUCCGCAGACGUACAUGGAUGGCUUACUGCACCACGUGUCUGUAAUAAGUGACGACUCUGGAGUCCGGCUUCUCGUGGAUGACCAGCCUAUGAAAAGUAGCCAAAGGCUACAAAGACUUUCAAGUUCCCAGAAGGCCCUGCGUCUGGGCGGGAGUGACUUCGAGGGCUGCAUCAGCAACGUUUAUGUCCACAGCUCAUUGAAGGGUCCCGAAAUCCUGGAUCUGGCCAUUAAAUCUCACAAGAGAGAUGUGUCCCUGGGAAGCUGUCACCUGAACAAGCCACCUUUUCUAAUGUUGCUUAAAGGUUCUGCACGAUUUAACAAAGCCAAGACUUUCGAUAUCAACCAGCCAUUGCAGGACACACCAGUGGCCUCCCAGAGCAGUGUGCCUGUGUGGCAGAAUGCUCAGUCAUGCCCAUCGCCUCCUGGAACCCAGGCCAGUCACGGAGCUCUCAGAUUUGGGGACAGUCCCACCAGCCACUUGCUGUUCAUGCUUCCCCAGGAAUUGCUACGACCCAGGUCACAGUUCUCUGUGGACGUGCAGACAACAUCCCCCAGAGGGCUUGUGUUUUACACAGGCAUGAUGAACUCCUUUAUGGCUCUUUAUCUCUCAAAGGGGCAACUGGUCUUUGCUUUGGGGGCAGAAGGGAAAAAAUGGAGGCUCAGAAGCAAAGAGAAGUGCAAUGACGGGAAUUGGCACACGGUGACGUUUGGACAAGAUGAAGGAAAGGGGCGCUUGGUUAUAGAUGGUCUGAGGGCCUCAGAGGGACGUUUGCCUGGAAAUUCCACCUUCAGCCUCAGAGCAUCAGUUUACCUGGGAUCGCCUCCCUCAGGGAAGCCAAAGGGUGUCCCCCAAAACAGCUUUGUGGGAUGCCUGCGGAACUUUCAGUUGGAUUCAAAACCACUCACCCAUUCUACAAGCUCUGGGGUGUCUCCUUGCUUGACUGGCUCUUUGGAAAAAGGCAUUUAUUUCUCCCAAGAAGGUGGUCACGUCAAACUAGCUAACUCUGUGUUGUUGGAGCCAGAAUUCAAGCUCCUGUUCAGCAUCCGCCCGCGAAGUCUCACGGGAAUCCUGAUACACAUCGGCAGUCAGCCCGGGAGGCACCUGCGCGUCUCCAUGGAGGCAGGAAAGGUCAUGGCCUCUGUGGACAGUGAAGCAGGUGGGAUCUUCACAUCGGUCACACCAAAGCAGUCUCUGUGUGAUGGACAGUGGCACUCUGUGGCAGUCACCAUAAAACAGCACAUCCUGCACCUGGAACUGGAUGGGGUCAGCAGCUACACGGCUGGACGGCUCCCCUUCCCGCCUGCCGGCACUCGGGAGCCACUGCACAUUGGAGGUGUCCCAGCCGAGUUAAAGACUCUGAAAGUCCCUGUCUGGAAAUCAUUUUUCGGCUGCCUGAAGAAUAUUCAAGUCAACCACAUUCCCAUCGCUGUCACCGAAGCUGCGGAAGUCCAGGGGACUGUCAGUCUGAACGGCUGUCCUGACCACUAACUCAAACCAAUGACACAGUGAGGAAAUUCACCUUAAAGUCACUGAUUACCAACGCACCUCCCUCUCCCUGCACAAGGUCAUCCUUGACUUACGACACCAUGCGAGCGGUUCAGUAGCAAAUCCAAGUUUGAACUUUGAUUAUACAUAACCAUCAUCUUGCCAUUCAGUGCUACAUGUGUAUUUUAUAUAAAAAUUCCAUUUCUCGAAGAUGAUGAACAAAUUGUUAUAUGCUUUUUGGUAAUAUCA